ACACUGGGUACGCUGUGUCGCCUGGGUGGACAGUAUAGUUACAUCAACAUUAAAUGGAAUAAAAUGCCGCGGAUUCAUGUAAAUAGGGACGUCGCUUCAACGCAAUUAAUUAACGGUUCCUAAUUAGCGCGGCUCGCCUCCGGAGCGGGUGGUGACAGGCCUAUUUUCGGCGUUUAACGGCAAUAUUUCAGGGAGAGGAGUGACGUCCUCCUCACCACAGCAGCUGCAGGGAGAUUUUGUCACUUUAGUCCCUGUUGAACAAGCGAUGAACUGAGGACCUCUUCCACUUCUCAGCCUCACACGUCUCUGCAGCGUCUCCUCUCCACUCGUGCUGCCCGUCGGUUAAGGACUCGACCGCGUCGCCUCAACGCACCUGGACAGAGAAAUGCGUGUGCGCGCGUGUCCUCGGAUGCAUGACUGUGCCUGAGUGUUCCUGGGCUGCACUUCCUCUCUCGCCUUCCGAGAGGCGCUUCUCCACUUGACCGACUGCAACAUUUGUCUUCGCAACUGCAAAGCAUCAUGGGUAGGAAAAAGAUUCAGAUCCAACGGAUCACCGAUGAAAGGAACAAGCAGGUGACAUUUACAAAGCGAAAGUUUGGCUUGAUGAAGAAAGCCUACGAGCUGAGUGUGUUGUGCGACUGCGAGAUCGCCCUGAUCAUCUUCAACCACGCCAACAAGCUGUUCCAGUACGCCAGCACUGACAUGGACAAGGUCCUGCUCAAAUACACAGAGUACAACGAGCCGCACGAGAGCCGGACCAACGCAGACAUUAUCGAGACUUUGAGAAAGAAAGGAUUCAACGGCUGCGACAGUCCAGAGCCGGACGGCGAAGACUCGAUUGACCAAAGUCCACUUAACGAUGACAAGUAUCGUAAGACCACAGAGGACCUGGAUGUUCUCUUCAAACGCUACGGACAGUCGGCAGCUCCGCCCCAGACCUUCUCCAUGCCAGUCACAGUCCAGGCGUCCAAUCAAAGCACACUGCAAUUCAGUAAUCCUGGCAACGCGCUGGUAACUACCUCCUACGUAACAUCGUCGUCGCUCACGGAUACCCACCUCCUGUCGCCACAGCAACCGGCUCUUCAGAGAAAUACGGUGUCUCCCGGGUUGCCACAGCGACCAGCCAGUGCAGGUGCUCUUCUCGGAGGCGAUCUGAAUAAUUCAAAUGGAGGAUGUCCAAGUCCAGUCCCUAAUGGAUACACCAGUGCCAGGGCCUCCCCAGGCCUCCUCACUGUUUCCAACGGCAACAGUCUGGGGAAAGUAGUUCCGGCCAAGUCUCCACCUCCACCUCCGAGCCCCCAGAUGGUCAACAGCCGCAAGCCAGACCUCCGAGUCAUCACCUCACAGGGCGGAAAGAGCCUCAUGCAGAUGAACGCCCAGCGGCUGGCAGCUGGAGCCCAGGUGGCGCAAACCCUCACCACACCGGUGGUCUCUGUCGCCACACCGAGCCUCCUGGCGCAGGGGCUGCCCUUCUCCGCCAUGCCCACGGCGUAUAACACAGAGUACCAGCUGACCAGCGCAGACAUCACUGCUUUACACGCUCUGGCGUCACCUGGCGGCUUGUUGCCCACCAGUGUGUCCACAUGGCAACAGCAGCAGGCUGUUACCCAGCAACCGCAACAGCAACCACAGCAGCAGCAGCAACAGCAGCAAACACAGCAACAGCAGCAGCAGCAGCAACUUAAUCUCGCGUCACUCAGCAACUUGGUCAUGUGGGGCGUGGACAAACAGAGCAGCGAGCUGUCUAGCCAGGUGUCCAGCCUGGCUGCCAAUCUGAGUGUUGGCUCUCCGUCCAACCUGCUCUUGGGUAGAGAUGAGUGGUUGGGCCGGCCGGUGACCCACAUAUCUCAAGGCGCCAUGCUGACCGUCAACACCAACUCCAGCGUGAGCAUCAAGUCGGAGCCCGUCUCCCCCGGCCGGGACCGCAGCACCCCCUGCCCUCCUCCGUCUUCUAGCACGCCGUCCUCGACCUCAGGCGGAGCCAUCCUGACCGCUCCGCCCCAGUACCCCGGCUCGCUGCUGUGCCUGGAGCCUCCGACUGGCCGCUCGCCGGCGGACAGCGUGAGCAGCAACGCCAGCUCCUUUGAAGGCAGCGACCGCGACGACGCAGCCGGCGGUGGCGGUGGAGGCGGAGGUGGCGGCAGCACGGCCGGCGCCACGGGUCCCGCCAGCCGGUCUGUGCCGCCCGACUUCAGCCCGUCGGCCGAGCUCCUCAGGGCAUCGAACGAACCAGAGCAGGAAGGAGGGAACAUCAAGCGCAUGAGAUUGGACGCCUGGGUCACAUAGAGGCACCGGCGGCGGCGGCGGCAGCUCUCUGCACCCACAGUGAAGUUCUGGUGACUCGUAAACACCCACAACAACAACAACAACAACACACACAUCCACACUCAUCCUUAGUCCCCCACUGCCCCCGACCCCACCGCCAUGUAACACUAUCACCACACAUCUGCCUCUGUCCAGAUCAUACGACUCAGCUGCGUCACCCAGACUUACGAGGCUUUGCCAAAAAAACCACAAAAAAACAACACAAACAGAAACAUCCGACCCUUUGGGGUCUCAAUCUGAGUGAAAGAAGGACGCGGUAGAUUUUUAAAGCCUUCUUGCUCAAUCAAACUUCCGUAUAGUUAAAAAAAAAAAGAGGUGUUCAGCCUUUUUUUUUUUCUCUCCCAUUGUUUCACCUUCAUGUAUUUACAUCGAAGCUCUUACGUCGUUCACACAUGUGAGCGGUGGCGUGUCGAGGACUCGUGCCGCCACUCUUUGCUCUUCAGAACCUAUUUAGAUCGUGUGCUGUCCAGUCUUCUACUUCCAAACUGCACAAUUGGAAACUAACUUCAUCGGGACAAAGUGUGAGGACCGAGCGUCUACCAGGCACUAACCAGACUCUCACAGGGUCUCUCUAGGACACUUCUGCGUCGGUGGAUCUCUCUGGUUACCCCAACCUCAUGCAACCAGGCAGGCCCGAGCCCUCAGGCGGCACUCUGCGGGCCGUGGAGUCGAGCACCUUUUCGCCAGAGUGCCAAUAUCAACUUCUUCAGAGUAAAAAAUGCCAAAUGCCCUCUCGCACGCGGUGCAGGGACAUCUUAUCACUCGCACUGUCAAGGAAACACUGAGAACUAGAAACUGCUUUUUCCGAGCUCCGCAUUGGCCGUCGCUUUCACAGACUGGGUGCUCCUCCCGUCCUCUCACCUCAUCUCCUCUGGAACUCGGAUGGAAAAUCGUUGCACCAGAAAUCCAGCCAGUCACUCAGCUUAUUACCAGGAGUAGAUGCCAUCCAGUUAAAAAUGCAUAGUAGUUUUAUGAGCCUCUGGUGGCUUUUUUAUUUCCUUUUCUUUUUUUUGAGUAGGGAAGUAUUUGGUUCUUUCAGUCCAAGUGUUCUUUAUCUGUUGGUAUUUUGAAAAAAAAAAAAAAAAAGUCUGUUUUGAAGGUCCUUUAGUCGUCCAGAAGUAGGAAUUCUGACUUUGUAUAAAAAUCACUCCUUAUACAAAAGCUUUGAUGUCCUCUUUAGCUCUCUAUAGCUCUCCUUAGCUCUUUGCCGUGUUUCGAAAAGUGACAGGAAAAGACAUUUUCUAUAUUUCUACCGCUUCAGUUGGCGACAAAGUGAAAUAGCUUUUCGGCUUCGACGACGUGUAUGUACAUAUGAAUAUAUUUGCAUAGACUUUGCUAGGUAUCCCUAAAAACAAGCAAUGUGUUGAUUCUCAGUGGAUCUGUUUGCAUAUAUGAGUGUGACUUUGAUAUGUUUCGAGCUACGGUGCAGGGGUUAACGCCACGCCGGGCGGUGCUGGCGGGUCGGACUCGUUUCAGUAAACCUAUUUUAUUCUAGUGUU